GUGAGUCUGUGGCUGAAGUUCAGUGAGUGAGUGACAGGGGAAAGGCAUCUGGUGCAACCAACUGAGCUGACAUCCAACCGACUGAGCUGACAUCCAACCCACUGAGCUCACACCCAACCGACUGAGCUGAUACCCAACCCACUGAGCUGACUGACAUCCCAGCAGCCACACACUUAAAGAGCGAAGACACGACAGACAGAAGAGUCCGAGUAACUCACCCCUUAGUUUGACAAAGCCUUUCAGAGAGAGUCAUGGCUUUCAACUUGUUCACAGCGAUCUGCAGCAUCUGGAUCCUGUCUGCUCCCUGCAGCCUGGCGAAAGAUAACCGAGAAAUCUGCUUGCAGUUACCAGAUCGAGGACCCUGCAGAGCCAUGCUAACUCAAUAUUUCUACAACCGAUAUACUCAGAAAUGUGAGGAAUUUGAAUAUGGCGGUUGCAUGGGCAAUGAUAAUUUGUUUGAAACAAUGAGCCAUUGCAAUUCGGCAUGCCUAAGAAUUAAAGUGGUUCCCAAAGUCUGCAGAUUGAUGGCAGCCACAGGACCGGGUCGUGCUCUCUUCACCAGAUAUCACUACAACUUAACAUCGGACAGAUGUGAGGAGUUUACUUAUGGUGGGCUUUUUGGAAAUGGCAACAUAUUCAGAGACAAGGCUUCUUGCCAGCGCCGUUGUAAGCCUGUGAAUCCUAUGCCAUCAUUCUGCGCCACGGCAUCGGACAGAGGACGUUGUUCAGCAGAUGUCCUACGGUAUUACUUCAAUGUAAAGACCCACACUUGUGAGACGUUUAGCUACUCUGGCUGUGGUGGUAAUGACAAUAACUUCACAUCUGCUAAAGUUUGCCGACAGGUUUGUCAAAAACGUAACAAAAAGAAAACAUCUCAAAAAUAUCCUACUGCGUCAAUCACUAGAAAAGUUGUGAAAAAAAAUUCAAGAAAAAAGUUUUUGAAAAAUCCAUACUAAGCAAAUUAAAUGUGUAUUAUUAUUAACAAUAGGAUGAUUUUUUUUCUUCAUCUAUUUUUUGAAAAUGGGAAACGAUUGAAAUGUUAUUGAAAAAGUUAAAACCUUGAGCUGCAUGAUCCUUGGAAUGAAUGAGCUUGAUGGACUGACUGAUAUUUUCUUGUUCUAUUUUUCUUUGCCGUUCUUCUUAUUUUCAGUUUUGGCAAGCAGAAAGACUUGCAAACAGAAUGAAAGAUGUAACAAUUAAAAACAUUGUGAUCAGGACUUGUGUUUUUUGCAGAAAAAUCACAUACCCUCUUUCUCCUGGUUAAGAAGUCCCUUGAAUUGUACCAGACUAGUUCCCUAUUGACCAUCUCUUCUUUAUUGCAAACAUAUCUUUACUUCAAUGUAUGUGUUGAUGUUUUGGAAACUAUCUCCUCUCCUCACAUUUCUGUGUUUAAAUUUAUCCCAAAUAGUAUCAGUAUUGUGAAUUGUUAUGUGAAUACCUUGCUAGAGAUUUUUGUCCACCUCCUCCAAUUACUGAUGAUCUUCAUUAAGCUACUAGUAAGUGCCAGUCAUAGAGCCAGGAAGAGGAGAUGUAGAUAGGAGGUUGGUAACAUCUGUGAAGAAAAGGUGCAAAAGAGAAACUGAAGCUGUGCUACAAAUUGAUAAACACUAAGUCAUUAACUUUUGGGAAGUUACACUUUUCAAAUGGAGGGCAUUGUAUCUUGGAAGCUUAGACCCCUCUUUAAAUUUUGCCCACCAAAUACACUGUCAAUCCGCUUGACAAGAUAUUCUGCGAAGCACUUUGAGGUGUUUUUAGACUCAACUCUUCCAAAUUUAACAAGAUGCCUGAUGUGAUGAUCAGAGGAACCUGGAGCUCCAUCAUGCCUUGCUAACAACUGAUAACUUUUCUAGGUUUUAAUUGUUCAACAUUUUGUUGAAAAGAAACGUUUGUAUGCAGACACAACCGAAUAGGGAUCUAUUGAUUGUGGAAGUUGUUCCUGGAAUGAAAAAUAAAUACUAUAUUCAAGUUCGUUUUCAAGCUUUCUUUCUAUAGAAUACAUUUUAUGGCAAUAAAAUCUUUUUGUUCAAAUAUUAAUACACUGAGCAAGUAAUGCAAUGUUAGACAUCCUACUGACGUGAAAGGCGCUAUACUGUAAAUUGUUUUGCAAUGCGAUUUCCGGGUUUACACUACACAGAUUGUAUAAUAUCUGAAUCUUUUGUAACUGCAUGUCUUUUCAAUACAAUUCAGUUUUUACACUGCUAUUCUUAAUAAACACCUAUUUAAUGAA